AUGAGCAAUACAGGCAUGAACAUGAGGGGGAAGAUCAUCUUCUAUGAGGAGAAGAACUUCCAGGGCCGCUCAUAUGAGUGCAUGAAUGAUUGCUCUGACAUGUCCUCCUACCUGAACAGGUGUCACUCCUGCAGGGUGGAGAGCGGCUGCUUCAUGGUCUAUGACCGUCCCAACUACAUGGGAAACCAGUAUUUCAUGAGGAGAGGGGAGUAUGCUGACUACAUGAGCAUGAUGGGAAUGAGUGGUGGAAUCAGGUCCUGUCGUAUGAUCCCAAUGCACAGAGGGAACUACAGGAUGAAGAUCUACGAGAGAGAGAACUUUGGUGGUCAGAUGCACGAGCUGAUGGAUGACUGUGACAACAUCAUGGACCGUUAUCGUAUGAACGACUGUCAGUCCUGCCACGUCAUGGACGGCCACUGGCUGAUGUACGAGCAGCCUCAGUACAGAGGAAGGAUGAUGUACCUGAAGCCUGGAGAGUACAGGAGCUUCAGUCAGAUUGGGAUGAGAGGAACAAGGUUCAUGAGCAUGAGACGCAUCAUGGAUUCCUGUUAUUAA